UGUUGUUGUGUUGAGAUGGGUGAUGUGCGCUACAGGAGAGCACGCUUUCUUUUGAUCUCCACACAGCUUCGCAAGAUUCAUGUGUGAAAUGCGGAUUACACGGAAACGGUGGACUAUCUGCACCAUAGGCAUCCUGCUGAUAUUCUACAAGACGACAGAUAUAGGCAAAAAUGAAGUGCAUCAGAAAACUGGAUUGACAGGGAAGUCUGAGCUGAGUUCUACUAGACUGACGGUCAACGGCUCUGAGAAGCUUUUCGGCUUUAGUUUAAGUGAUCUGAGUGACAUGGGAGUGGGAUGGAAGGUUAAUACCACCCUUGUGAACAUCAUAAGGAAGGACAUACUUCGCUUCUUGGAUGCGGAGAGAGACGUGUCUGUUAUCAAGAGCAGUUUCAAACCGGGCGAUACCGUCCACUACGUUCUGGACCGACGCAGGACAUUCAGUGUUUCUCAAAAUCUACACAGGUUACUUCCCGAAGUCUCUCCACUAAAGAACAAGACAUUCAAGACGUGUGCAGUGGUGGGAAACUCAGGCAUUCUCCAAAAGAGCGGAUGUGGGAAGGAGAUAGACAGCCAUAGUUUUGUUAUACGAUGUAACCUCGCUCCUCUGGAGGAUUUUGCAGAUGAUGUGGGUUUGAGGUCAGACUUCACCACUAUGAACCCCUCUGUGAUCCCGCGGAUGUAUGGGGGUCUGCGGGAUGAAAGACAGCGGGAGAGUUUCAUCCGGCGUUUACAGCAGCUAAACAACAGCGUGCUCUGGAUCCCUGCCUUCAUGGUGAAGGGUGGAGAGAGGCAUGUGGAGAUCGUGAAUGAGCUCAUUCUUAAACACAAUCUCAAAGUGCGCACGGCAUAUCCUUCACUCCGCCUGAUCCACGCUGUACGAGGGUACUGGCUUACAAAUAAGAUAAAUAUCAAACGACCCUCUACUGGACUAUUGAUGUACACAAUGGCUACACGCUUCUGUGACGAAAUCUACCUGUAUGGAUUCUGGCCUUUCCCCAAGGACGGCAAUGGAAAUCCUGUUAAAUAUCAUUACUAUGAUGGACUGAAAUAUCGCUAUUUUUCCAAUGCGGGUCCUCAUCGCAUGCCACUAGAGUUCAAAACAUUGAAAAGACUGCACAGCAAGGGUGCACUCAAACUGACGACGUCUAAAUGCACAUAUCCUUGACAUGCAGCUCGCGGACUAAAGUGAAGACUGAGAAAUCAAAUUAAAAUGUGUUUUGAGCAUUGGAGAAUGAGUGUGCCUUCAACUGGAAACUGUGAUCUGUUCAUCCUGUGACACUUCUGAUUCGUUUACUGUAGAGAAAGUGCAAUGUUUUACGUACUGAACAUUCGACUGUUGUUUCCAAAUGACAAAUGAAACCAGUCCUGCUUAGUGCUUUGAUAUUACAAUCUUGGUAGGUGAUGUGGUAUGAAAAUGUUUUAUACAAUGCCAAAGAUACUGUUCCAUCCUUGUUCUUUUCAGUUCCAAUUUAAAGGGGUCAUCGGAUGCUAAGUUCACUUUUACAUGUUGUUUGAACAUUAAUGUGUGUUGUGUAUGUACAAAUCUACCCUAUAAUGAUAAAAAUCCAUGCAGUGGUUUUUAAUUAAUCUGUAAAAAUAAUAUCCCCUUUUUCAAAUCGAGCAAUUCUCAGAUACACCGACAGAGGCCGCUCCCACGAUAGUUGAUUGACAUGAGCGUCUUACCUCAGAUCAGCUGUUACAGUCCGACCUCCAUUGUUUCGAUGGCGGAGUAGGGAUGUAAGUUAGACAAGAAUAUCUCAGACUGAGCUAUUUAGGUGUUGUGUUGCUGGAUGUAAUAAUGAACAUAGUGGUCGUCAUUUACUCCCGACAUCUGAGCCGCUGAAGAUGCAGUGGAUUACAUUUGUUUGUGAAGGAAAUGCACCUCCUGAUCUACAUAAAUGUGUCUAUGUUCGCGCGAAUCACUCGUGAUCCAGCUUCACCUACAGCAGUGAGUAUAAGGUUUUUUUUUAUGAAUCUCUGCGAUCGCCUUUCCUAAUAACGUGCUAGUUAGCAAGUUUAACGGCUAAAUGCGGCUAAAGUAAACAGGCUCGUCACUCCACAGAGAGUGGAGAGGGGCGGGGCGAGCAGAGCUCAUUAACAUUUAAAGGAAUAAUCCGUCAGAUUGGGAUGAUUUUUGCAGAGCUCAUUUUGACAAGGUAAAAAGGGUGUUGUUUUACAAAACCAUUGAGAAUUUUUAACCAAACUAUAUUAUAGACUUUUCAUUAAAACCCUAAAGAAUCAUAUCAACUUGUGGAAAAUGGGCAUCCUAUGACCCCUUUAAGGGAAAAAACAAAAACAAAAUGAUGUGUUCAUAAUAUGUUUUAUGUCAUAGCAUAUGAGUAACUUGGUGAGUCUGUUUGCACCCAUAGUAUUAAUUUUUUUAAUUGACAGGUACAGGAACUAUGAUUUUCUGUUAAUGAAAAUUAAAAGAAUACAUGUCUGGUUUGUUGACAGUGAACCUUAUGGUUACACCUAAAAAAAGGCAAACACUGGUAUACAUAAAUCUCAGAUUCCUUAUGUAUUACAUGUUGUCAAAGUCAUUCAAACCAGUCUUAGUCAUUUAGACUAAUAUUUCCUAAUCAAAUGCACUGCUGUGUGUCAGAAUGUAAUGGCAUGCCUAAAACAGAUGACUUGAAUAUAAUAAUGCCUCACAUUAUUUAUGUGACAUUACACUGUGUGUGUGUUAAAGUGGCUGAAGUAUGGGUAACUAGUAAAGAGAAUUGUUUGAUGAGAUGAGCAAAAACUGCAUGUGUAAUGUAUGUACUCUAAAUGAAGUCAGGCAGUGCCUUAGAGCAUUCAUUUAUACCUCUACUUCAGUGUUUUAUUCUUUUAUUUAUAUUGUAAUGUGUUUUGUAUUUUAAACAGAUGUUAAAUAUGUUUUUUUAAGCAUUUUUGUUGAUAUAUAUAUAUGUAUAUAUAUAUAUAUAUAUAUAUAUAUAUUAUAUAUAUAUAUAUGUAUUUUAUAUGUAUAUGUAUUUUUUUUAUUUUAUUUUUAUUUUAUUUUUUUUUAUUUUUAUUUGCUUUGUUGAUUUGACAAAAGCAAAUAUCAACUUCAUCUUCUGAGUUUGUGAUUAUGUUGUCACUUCUGGUUUCUUGAUUAAAAGACCACUGUAAAACGACAUGAAAUGACAUAGGCCUACUUAUUUUUGAAUUAUACAAAAUAUUACAAAAUAAUUUCAUUUAUAGAAGCCUGUUUCCACAACAAUUCAACAAAAUGUAUGACUCUGUAAG